AGUCCAGCUCAGUCAGUGAGCAUUUGGAGCCCUCCUCCCGCUGACCUGCUUCCACAGGAUUUUCUUCCUGCCUGGGAAGAGAUGUCUCUAGCCUGGAGAAAUUUGCAGAAAGCCUUUUGUCUGGAGACUUCUCUCAGAAUCCUCCAGAUGCGUCCAUCCCUGAGCUUAGGUGCUUCCCGGAUAGCUGUACCCAAGCUCACUCUUCAUACAAAGCACCCCAUGCCACCGUGUGACUUCUCACCUGAGAAAUACCAGUCCCUGGCCUACAGCCGUGUGCUGGCGAUUCACAAGCAGCACCUUUCUCCUGUGGAUACAGCCUAUUUCCAGAAGCCUUUGCUACUCCACCAGGGACACAUGGAGUGGCUCUUUGAUUCCGAAGGAAACAGAUACCUGGACUUCUUCUCUGGGAUUGUCACUGUUAGUGUUGGUCACUGCCACCCGAAGGUGACCGCAGUGGCAAAAAAACAGAUAGACCGCCUGUGGCAUACAAGUUCUGUCUUCUUCCACUCUCCGAUGCAUGAAUAUGCAGAGAAGCUCUCAGCACUCCUUCCUGAGCCUCUUAAGGUCAUUUUCUUGGUGAACAGUGGAUCAGAAGCCAAUGACCUGGCCAUGGUGAUGGCCCGAGCAUACUCAAAUCACACAGACAUCAUAUCUUUCAGAGGAGCCUAUCAUGGAUGCAGUCCCUACACACUUGGCCUGACGAAUGUCGGAAUCUACAAGAUGGAGGUCCCUGGUGGGAUAGGCUGCCAAUCAACAAUGUGCCCAGAUGUUUUCCGUGGCCCUUGGGGAGGAAGCCACUGUCGAGAUUCUCCAGUGCAAACAGUGAGAGAAUGCAGCUGUGCUCCAGACUGCUGCCAAGCUAAAGAACGGUAUAUCGAACAAUUCAAAGACACACUGAACACUUCUGUGGCCACGUCAAUUGCUGGAUUUUUUGCAGAGCCAAUUCAAGGUGUGAACGGUGUUGUCCAGUACCCAAAGGAGUUUCUGAAGGAAGCCUUCGCAUUGGUCCGAGAGAGGGGAGGUGUGUGCAUCGCAGAUGAAGUGCAGACAGGCUUUGGCAGGCUGGGCUCUCACUUCUGGGGUUUCCAAACACAUGAUGUACUGCCUGACAUUGUCACCAUGGCUAAAGGGAUUGGAAAUGGCUUCCCCAUGGCUGCAGUUGUGACGACUCCAGAAAUUGCGAAGUCUUUGGCUAAACGUUUGCAUCACUUCAGCACAUUUGGAGGAAAUCCCCUGGCCUGCGCCAUUGGAUCUGCUGUACUUGAGGUGAUCGAAGAAGAAAAUCUCCAGAGAAACAGUCAGGAAGUUGGCACCUACAUGCUGCUGAAGUUUGCUAAGCUUCGGGAUGAAUUUGACAUCGUUGGGGACAUCCGAGGCAAAGGCCUUAUGGUCGGGAUAGAGAUGGUUCAAGACAAGAUAAGCCGACAGCCUCUUCCUAAAACAGAAGUCAAUCAAAUCCAUGAGGACUGCAAAGACAUGGGGCUCCUCGUGGGUAGAGGUGGUAAUUUUUCUCAGACUUUCCGCAUUGUGCCCCCGAUGUGUGUCACGAAGCUGGAAGUGGAUUUCGCAUUUGAAGUAUUUCGCUCUGCCUUAAUUCAACACAUGGAGAGAAGAGCUAAGUGAGAAGGAGAGCCAUGAGCCUAAAGAACUUCUCAACUAUGUACAGAGAUGAACUUGAGGAAUGUUGAAAAACCACAAGCAUUAGAUUAAAAAACUGCAGCCCGCUGUAGUAAUUGUAAAAGACAUAACCGACUAUCUAUCUACUGACCGUGUUUGUCAGCGGAGCCCCCAUUCUCCUGAGAAUCCCAUCCUUCAGGGGAAGUAUCUGUCACUGGCUCACAGAAUAAGUCUUAGUUUGUGUGAUUAGUCUGGACUAAUGUUAUUUCCCAUUGCAUUAACUGGUUUGAAUUCACAAUGUAUGUGUCGCUGAUGAGUCGUGCCACUACCACUGAGGAAACAUUUCUUCAGGCUUCAGCUCAGAUGCCUCUUGUCGCACUAGAAAUUCAGCAUCUCAUGGUGGGGUUUCUCACUUCACACCAGGCAUCUGGAAGCCAUGAAGAUGGAAGCCUAGUCACUAUGCUACAUCUGGAAAGGGGUUGGAAGCUGAGUGGUUGGUAAUGUCAAUGAAUCACUGACCAUGAAUCUUGGAACCACCCUAUCUCAGGGUUUCUUGAUUUAUGAAAUAAUAAAUUCAUGGUGCUGCUUACAA